UGGUAUAGGGGCUUGGAUCCUACAGACUGUCAGGAAGAGGUCCAGGGUCUGGAAAGAGAGACAGAGUGGGAAUGGAGAGAGAGAGAGAGCGACAUACAGACAAACAGUAGUAAAAGAAAGCAAGCAAAAUGUUGAGCUGAGUUUCAGGAAUGCUGCAGGUUGGUCUUUCUGGGUGACAAAUAUCUGAAGGAACCUAACUCUGGCUUUUGAUUCUGGUGGGAACCGAAGAUUCAUUUAAAGUCCUGAUUUUCAGUAAUGCAACCACAACUUCGUGAGGACUUAAUGUCCACACCGCCUCACGUCAUUUCUAAUGAGUUGAAAGCUGUAAUUCUUCUCAGACCUUUCAAGGCUAAUGAUGUGGAACAACAGGCUGGUGUCGCAUGUGAGAAAUGGUCCCUGGGGAAAGACAUUGGAGAGCAACGUGCACAUGUCGAACUGUAUCACAGUAAAGAGUCUCAGCCUUUCAGGAGUUAUUGAAUCAGAAGCAUACAGCACAGAUGGAGGCCAUUCAAUCCAUUGAGGUAGAUGAUGAGAUUUCCUCUGACUGCAACCAUCUGUUGUGGAACUACAAAUUUAACCUGACUACAGACCCUAAAUUUGAAGCUGCAGCAGGGGAAGUUUGCAAAACCACCCUAGGUGAAGUGAAGGAGUGUGCUGAUCAGGAGCCAGGGAAAGGCUAUGUCAUUUCCUGCUUGAUCGAACAUCGUGCAAACAUUACUGAAUACCAGUGCCGCCAGUUCAUAACCAAAAUGACAGCCAUCAUUUUCAGUGAUUACCAACUCAUCUGUGGUUUCAUGGACAGCUGCAAGAAUGAUAUCAACCAGCUCAAAUGUGGCAGCAUUCGGCCUGGCGAGAAGGAUGUACAUUCACAAGGAGAGGUGGUAUCCUGUUUGGAAAAGGCUUUGGUGAGCGAAGACAAAAUAAUUUCUGAUAACUGUAAGAAAGCCAUCCUGCGUGUAGCUGAACUCUCUUCAGAUGAUUUCCACCUAGACAGACAUCUGUACUUCUCCUGCAGAGAUGAUCGAGAGCGCUUUUGUGAAGAUAUUCAGGGUGGAGAGGGCCGUGUAUACAAGUGCCUUUUCAACCACAAGUUUGAAGAAGCCAUGAGUGAUAAGUGUCGUGAGGCACUCACAACACGACAGAAACUGAUCGUUCAGGAUUACAAAGUGAGUUACUCCCUGGCCAAGGCAUGUAAAAAUGACCUCAGGAAAUAUCGGUGCAAUGCAGAGAACUUGCCGCGUGCCCGCGAGGCUCGACUUUCCUACUUGUUGCUCUGUCUGGAAUCUUCGGUGCAUCGAGGUCGACAGGUGAGCGGCGAAUGUCAAGGAGAGAUGUUGGAUUAUCGUAGAAUGCUAAUGGAGGAUUUUUCACUGAGCCCUGAAAUUGUCCUCAACUGUCGCAGUGAGAUUGAACUGCACUGUUCAGGCCUGCACCGGAAAGGCCGGACAUUACACUGUUUGAUGAGAAUGGGUCGAGGUGAUAAGGGCAGUCUGGGACAGAACUGCCAGCAGUCACUUCAGUCCCUAAUUCAAGAAACAGACCCUGGUGCAGACUACCGUAUUGAUCGAGCACUGAAUGAAGCCUGCGAGUCUGUCAUCCAAACAGCCUGUAAACACAUCCGCAAUGGAGAUCCAAUGAUCCUCUCAUGCUUGAUGGAGCACCUGUACACAGAAAAGAUGGUGGAGGAGUGUGAACAUCGCCUGCUUGAGCUGCAGUACUUCAUCUCCCGUGACUGGAAACUGGACCCCGUUCUUUAUCGCAAGUGCCAGGGUGAUGCUUCCAGACUUUGCCAUACUCAGGGUUGGAAUCAAACCAGUGAGAUGCUGCCCCCUGGAGCAGUGUUUUCUUGUCUAUAUCGUCAUGCUUAUCGUACAGAAGAACAAGGACGCAGGUUAUCCAGAGACUGUCGAGCAGAGAUUCAGCGAAUUCUUCAUCAACGAGCCUUGGAUGUGAAGUUGGAGCCUGCAUUACAAGAACGAUGCAUAAUAGACCUGGGGAAGUGGUGCAGUGAAAAGACAGAUCCUGGGCAGGAACUGGAGUGUCUCCAGGAUCAUCUUGAUGAUUUGGCAGUGGAUUGUAGAGACAUUGUGGGUAACCUGACGGAGUUGGAGUCAGAGGAUAUUCAGAUUGAAGCCUUACUGAUGAGAGCCUGUGACCCUGUCAUUCAAGCGUACUGUCAUGAGUUAGCAGAUAAUCAGAUUGAUAGCGGGGACCUGAUGGAGUGCCUGGUUCAAAAUAAACAUCAGAAGGAGAUGAACGAGAAGUGUAUUGUUGGAGUCACACACUUCCAGUUGAUCCAAAUGAAAGAUUUCCGCUUCUCCUACAAGUUUAAGAUGGCAUGUAAAGAAGAUGUAUUGAAACUGUGUCCAAACAUUAAGAAGAAGGUGGAUGUUGUGAUCUGUCUGAGUACCACAGUUCGGAAUGAUACGCUUCAGGACAACAAGGAACAGCGUGUUUCUAUAAAAUGUCGCAAACAGCUGCGUGUGGAGGAACUGGAAAUGACCGAGGACAUCCGUUUAGAGCCUGAACUAUAUGUAUCUUGCAAAACAGACAUUGAAACGCACUGUCAGAAUGUACCAUUUGGGAAUGCACAGGUGGUUGAGUGUCUCAAAGAUGUGAAGAAGCUUCUGUCCAACCGCUGUCACGACAAAAUCUUCAAACUGCAGGAGACAGAAAUGAGUGACCCUGAGCUGGACUAUACUCUCAUGAGAGUCUGCAAGCAAAUGAUUAAGCGUUACUGUGCUGAUGCUGACCCAAAGAACGUGUUGCAGUGUCUGAAGCAGAAUAAGAAUGCUGAACUGAUGGACCCCAAGUGCAAGCAGAUGAUAACCAAGCGACAGAUCACACAGAACACUGAUUACCGUUUAAAUCCAGUUCUGAGGAAAGCCUGCAAGGCUGACAUCCCCAAGUUUUGCCAGUCUGUUUUGAAUAAUGUAAAGGAUGGCAAAGAGCUGGAGGGUCAGGUCGUCUCCUGUCUGAAACUGAAAUAUGCUGACCAGGUACUGACAGGACAGCGUUUGUCUUCUGACUGUGAAGAUCAGAUCCGUGUGAUUAUCCAGGAGUCAGCCCUGGACUAUAGGCUGGACCCUCAACUCCAGAUACACUGCACUAAAGAGAUUAAUACCCUGUGUGCCGAGGAAGCGGCAGCACAGGAACAGACUGGCCAGGUGGAGGAGUGCUUGAAAAUCAACCUGUUGAAGAUUACAGGAGAAUCUUGCAAAAAGGAGGUGUUGAACAUGCUUCAAGAGAGUAAAGCGGACAUCUUUGUGGAUCCAGUGCUACAUGCAGCCUGUGGCCUAGAUAUCAAACACCAGUGUGCUUCAAUCCUACCUGGCAAGGGACGCCAAAUGUCAUGUUUGCUGGAGGCACUGGAAGAUAAAACUGUGAGAUUGCAACCAGACUGUAAGAAGAGAUUACAAGAUCGCUUGGACAUGUGGAGUUAUGCAGCCAAGGUUGCUCCAGCUGAGGGAUUUUCAGACUUAGCCUAUCAAGUUAUGACAUCUCCAUCCAAAAAUUACCUUAUGGGCUUGUUGGCACUAGGAGUCUGCAUCCUGUUUCUACUGGGUAUGACCUGUGGCCGGAUCACUAAACGAGUGACACGGGAACUGAAGGAUAGAUUUUACCUGCAGAACAAAUGGUGCGAACCAACAACUGCUGCCUCUGCUCCAGCCGGACUCCUCUCUUUAGUUUCCUGUAGACUUGGUUCCCAUUGUGUAUCUGAAUCACGUUCGCCCAGAUCAAACAAGUUUUACUGGUAGCAGUCUCAUCCAACAGAGAUUCUCAACUGUAGGAAAGGUAACUGCCACAAAUGGAAUGAAUCCAAAGAAUAAUAUCAGUUCAUGUAGAAUGCUGUAGACACAGUCUGCUUCAGCCUUUUGCUUUGUCCCUUUUUGAUCAUAUAACACUUUCUGGUCUUGCCUUGUUUUUAUUUUGGAGAUUAUAUUCUUUUCACACUUUCUUUUGGUGAUGGUGGGAAGGAGGAAGAGAAAAGCUGGCUAUGGUUUCAACCACUGUAGCCCACAUUGUAAAUUAAAUACUGAGUAUUGGUAGUUUGAAAGGACUUAUCUGUGCAUAUAGUGAGGUAUGAGCCACCCAUUAAGGUGCCUAGAGGUAUCGAGGCCAAAACUAACUUGCAGUAUAUUUGACAUGUUUGGCAUUACAUAAAAUUGUGGUACUCGUUUUCAUCUGCUUCCUGUGCUUUGGUGGUUGAGCCACUUGGAUUGUCAGCUUCCGAUCAUGGGCUGAUGACACUCACUCCAAGGAGAUAAAGCUCACCACUGAAUCUCUAAGAACGGUUUACCCUGCAAAUGUAUUCAAGUUACGUCACUUUUUAUGCCCUGGAUGAGGCUAGGAAUUGACCUUUAUCUAAAUUAAGCCAUGGUUCAUUAAGAUAUCUAUGUAUUUCUGUACAUGGGUGCACUUUUAUUUCACAGCUGCAUUCUGAUUAUGGUACUCUGGGAUAAAGGUUGACUGGUGGGAAACAAGACAGCCUGAAAUCUUUUGGUUGAAUUUUAGGGGAAUAAAAUAAUUUCAUAUGAGGUGCGUUUUCACAUGCACACUGAAUUAUGCAGUCACAUUGGUACAUACUAAGGUGGCAUAAGGUGUACAGCAUUAAACUUUUGCACAUUAGUAUGUUGUAAAAAAAGUAACACUGAUUUGGAAUAAAAUUACAUCUGGAGAGAAGUAAAAUUCUGUGGCAGUAUAUUUGCUGGUUUUAAAAAUUCUGUUAAAACAAUUGCCAAACUCUACUAGUUUUUUGAAGUCUUUUUUUAAGCUCCAAGUGUACAGUGUGGUCAUUAAUGCAAGGUUAAUUUGCACAAAGUGAACUGGCUGUUUUGAUCAGCCUCAGUCGUUGACAGGAUCUCUGUUGGAUGCACCUGGGGGUGCUACCAGUGAUCAACACCAUUCCACUAGACUGUGUUGUGAAUCUCUAUGGCCAUAGCCUUCUAUACAAAUUGCUUCUGAACAAGUUACAAUAAUCUAAUCAGGAAAUGUACAUUUUAAAUACUGAUCUCUUGACCGCUAACAGAAGUAUCAUGCAUAUUUUAUUUUCUCCUUUUGUGUUUAAUCUUCAGCCUUAUUUAUUGUUUACUAAUAAAUUCUAGCAGGGUCACAGCCUGUAAUUAUCGACUCUUUUCUGUUGCCUUCUGUUUUAAAUUCUCGUGUGGAUUUGCCUGGUUACUCUGGUGACUGCCAUCAUGGUGAAGGGGUGGCCUGCAUGUUGCAGACUUGGGAUGAUCUGUUUUUUUUUAAAUUUCCUUUGUAUUAGGGGUGUUUAAAAUUUUUUAAUACAGAAUAUCUGUAGUGAAAUUGUGUACAGUGAGACUCUUUGGCGUCGCCCUCCGUGUUGUACAGACAAGACGCGAAAAGUCGUGCGUUGUACUGCUAUAGGUGUCGAUGUCACUUUGAAGUAAAAUUUACAAACUGUAGGGUUUUGUAAAUUUUUUGUGUAUAAAAUCCGCUUCAUGAACGUACAAGAUACUUGUUCCCGAUCAUGCUGUGUAAUUCAAGAUGUUAAUGAAAUCCUAACAUACAGGCUCUUUGUUCUGUACAGAUGAAAUGGCAGAAUUUAUUAAUAAAAAGGUCUGCAGGUUUUUAAA